ACUCACACUCGUGACUGUAUACUCUUGACUUACAGCAUCCCCGGCCACGCGGCUAAGUUCCAAGUGCGACACAACAACACCAGGCUUGUCAUCUUCUCUCAUCACCAAAUGCUGGACUCGGACUGGCUUGACUGACACGUACAUCAGCCUAGCUUGCCUAACCUCCUCCCCUCGAGCUUCGCCGGACACGCAGAUGAGUUGCGCUCUCAGCGUCCUCGGCUCGUAGGCUCGCUGCUGUACCUCGUCAUGUCAUUGACAGCGGGGCAGGGUGGCGCAAGAGGCAAGACCCCCGAACACAACGCCGUUCCACGUAAAUCUCCGGGGCUUUUCAUGCCCACUGCUGCAAAUGUACAGAGUCCACCACUACGCAGUUCGCCGCGCAGAUCUGCGACGAGCCUGAAGAGGCCUUUUGAGCAUACCGGCUUACCUGCACAUCGCAUGGCAUCGCCAUCGACUCUUGCAAAAGGGGCGGGUCCCAAAGCUCAGCGCGUCUCGAAGUCUAGUACAGAGGUGGAGGAGGAUGGAGAGGAAGAGAAUGACAAAGAGAAUGUGGGCUUCGCGAUGCUUGGCAGUAGCAGCACUGCAAGAUCCCGCACCCCAAAUCUGCUCCGUCAUACGCCUCGUGCGCGCAGCAGUAUUGCAAGUACCAGCACUUCUAGCUGCAAGCCUCCACCUGCUGGCCACCAUGCAGCCUCAAGUAGCACAAAGGCAGGCUCUAGUCCAAACGACCUGGCUCACAAGUCCAGAGCUGAGCUUCAACAGAUGUUGCAGACGAGUCUGGAGAACAAGGAUCACGUCAUGGAAACGCUGAUGGAGCUCAUGGAAGGUGCCGAACCCGAGCUUGGUACAGACCCUGCCUUCUUGAGGAUGCAAAGAGACUUCUUGACGACGAGAAUACAGCAGAUCAAGGCUGCCCUGCUCGAAAGAAAUUCUGGCCAGGCUUCUCCGCGCUCUACUAGUCCACGCCGGUCUCUUCAGCCAAGUAGCAGUGAUGCUGAGCUGCGGAACAGCAGCUCAGAUGCUAGACAGCUGCAAGGCUUGGCACACGUCACGAACUCCGCUGCUACGCAUCCUGCCAGAUCCAGCGCGGCUGCCAUCGAUCUUCGGGCGCCAGCAAUCACCUCGGACGGAGCUGAUUCAGAGCAGAUACCCACACUCUCACAGACGUCUCCUUGCCCGCCUCGUUCCACUACAGUGAAGGGGCCAAGACUAUCUAAGACUCUCGCCCCUCCAGGCAUGCCCGCAAGAGCGCGCGGCGGCGGCGGCCCUCCCACGGAGUGCACAGCACGGUCUACGUCUGCCGACCGUCCGAUGAGGCGCGACCUACACAUUGACGAAGCGGAUUUGCCUGACUACGAUGAAGAACCUGACGAUGAGGAAGACGCGUCCAAAGAGUACUUCGAUGCGGCGGCGUCUCCGGCCAAGCAGCAGAAAGCUUUGCAAGUGUCAAGGACCGCAGGGAAUGGCGGUCUAGACCAGAAUGAGUUGCUCCCAUCAGAUGAAGAGAUGGAAGACUUAGAAGACGAAGGGCUCGGCUUCGACGACUCGCUAUCAGACGACGCAUACAUGAUGAUCGAUACCGCCAUCCCUGGACCAAAUCGUCCACAGGUGGCAGAGGGGCUGCAUCAGCAGCGCCCAUUCGAGCAUGGCGGCCUAGACUUUGAAAUCGACGAGCACCGCUCGGUCGUUGUGCAAUCAGCUGCUCGAGCCGCGUCUCCGCCAGAUGUGGACGAUGGCGUUGUGGCUUCCAGCGAUGACGCCGUCCAGACUGCAGAUGAACCAGACCGUGGCUUGAUAUCUGUGGUUGCCACGAGCACGAGACACAAGUCGCCCAAGAAAGCUGCAGAUCAGAUGAGAUUUCCAUGGAGCGAGGAUGUGAGACGCACACUACGAUACACCUUUCACUUGUCUGAGUUUCGCAACAAUCAAUUGGAGGCGAUCAAUGCGACCUUAGGUGGGCAAGACGUCUUCUGCCUAAUGCCUACAGGAGGCGGCAAGAGCCUCUGCUAUCAGCUGCCUGCCUUGAUAGACUCUGGUCAGACGCAAGGCGUCACCAUCGUCAUUUCGCCGCUGAUCUCGUUGAUACAAGAUCAAGUGCACAAUCUUUUGGAUCUCAAUAUCAAAGCUGGCAUGUUCUUGGGUAGCGGAGGUCAGACGGACGAACAGCGCAGAGCGACGCUCUCUAUGCUCUUCCCUUCUAACAUCAAGGACAUGACCCGUUUGCUCUACGUCACUCCCGAGAUGAUCCGAAAGGGAAGGCAGCUGCAAGAUGCCCUGUCUGACCUGCACAGACGCAAACGCCUAGCCCGCUUUGUGGUCGAUGAAGCUCACUGCGUGAGCCAAUGGGGUCACGAUUUCCGCACGGAUUAUCAAGAGCUUGGGUGCCUGAAGGAAGAGUAUCCUGGUGUUCCUGUCAUGGCUAUGACUGCAACGGCCAACGCCCGCGUGAAGAUGGACAUCGUGACCAAUCUGCGCAUCAAGGGCUGCAAGACUUUGUCGCAGUCGUUUAAUCGACCAAAUCUCCAUUACCACGUCAGAGAGAAGAAAGGAAAGAGCGUGCUGGAAGACAUCGCCUCUUUCAUCAAUGCAUCGCACAUGCACGAGUGCGGCAUUGUUUAUUGCCACAGCCGCAGAGCGUGCGAAGAGGUGGCCGACAAGCUUACAAAAAAAUUUAGAGUCAAAGCCCAGCAUUACCAUGCAGGCAUGAAUCAGAAGGACCGCAGCUCGAUACAACAACGAUGGCAGAAGGGAGAGUUCAAGGUGAUCGUAGCGACGAUUGCUUUCGGAAUGGGCAUCGACAAGUCCGACGUGCGCUUUGUCAUUCACCACACCCUUCCACAAACCCUAGAAGGCUUGUACCAAGAGACGGGAAGAGCUGGUCGAGAUGGCAAGAGCUCUACAUGUGUGCUAUACUUCGCGUACAAGGACACGUCCAGCUUGUUCCAGCAGAUACAGGAAGGUCCUGGCUCGCGCGAGCAGAAGGAGCAACAGCGAGGUAAUCUGAGACAGGUCAUCACCUACUGCAUGAACAAAACCGACUGUCGAAGGUCUCAGGUACUUCAAUACUUUGGCGAGGUAUUCCCCAGGGAGAGCUGCCACAACACGUGCGACAAUUGCACAGCUCAGACAGGCAACACUUCAGGUGGCUCCACAGUCAUUACUGACGUGACCGAGCUUGCACAGCAAGCAGUCCGAAUGGUCCAAAACAUCUUCGCGAAAGACUACAGAGCGAACAUCACCCUAAUCCAUUGCGGCGACGUGUUUCGAGGCGCUACCACCAAGACUGUCACCAGCCGCGGUCAUCACCAGGUAGAAGGCUGGGGUGAGGGCUCGAAAUGUUCCAGAAGCGAUGUGGAACGAUUGUUCCAACGACUCGUGAUCGAGACAUAUCUAACCGAGGUGCAGGUCAAGAAUCGCAUGGGCUUCACGAACACCUACGUCAAAUUGGGUCGCAAAGCCGAAGCGCUGCUCAGAGGUCAAGCCAGAGUGGAGCUGGAGAUGAUCGAAAAGAACGCCAGGAUACCCGCAAGCAAGGCUGGCUCCUCCAGCAAAGCACCUGCAAAUCAGCCGCAAGGCAAAAGCCGGGUCAAAGCUCGAGCAAGACAGCAGCUCAGCGAUGCAGAUUUUGAGUACGCGCCCGAUCCAUUCGACAUUAGUGCCAUGCCCCUCAGUCCGAACGAAUCGCCAAAGAGACAGACGAAAGAGCGGACCUUGCCUACCGACCGUCAGCGACCGAUCGCAAGCUCUAAAGCUCGCGCACGUCGAGCCGCAGAAGAAGAAGACCUUAUCGAGUCAUGCGAGGAGGACAACUCGGUCGUUGACCAGCCUAGCGGCAGCCGAAGUGCUAGAGGUAAAGCUGCUCCAUCAAUCAGUGCCGUGAGAGCAGCUGACUCAUCGACUGCGACUGCGAAACGCGCUGCAUUGGGCGAGAAAGGAGCGAAGGAGGAUUGGAAGCCAUGCUACGAUGAGCUGACAGUUGCUCGCCAAAAGGUAGCGCGACAGCUCAAGCAGCCAGCCGAAAGUCUCGUCACCAACGAUGUGCUGUAUGAAGCUGCUCUCCUCUUGCCCGACACCCUCGCUAAGCUGAGGCAAAUCGAGUCGCUCGAAAAGUGCAGCAUGGAGUUGCUGACGUCCUUACUAAAAGUAUGCCAAAAGUACGCCAGGUCUCAGACGACGACUUACCAGAAGCGCAGCUUGAGCCAGAGCAUCAACAAUUCCAGCAUGCCACCCCCAGAUCUGGCGAGCUUUGCAUAUCCCAAUCGAGAAGCGCGAGGAGGCGCUUCGGGCUCAGGCGCUACUUCAAGCGUACGCAGAGAUAGCAGCGCCCAAGUCAAACAGACAGCUGCUGCCCCCAAUGAUCAUCGAAACGCUGUCUUGGCCAGUCUUGGAGGUGGAGGGCUGCGGGCGAUGCCUUUGAGCAUUGUUCAGCGAGCCCCCGUCGCGAAGCGCCACAACUACAACAUCAAUCUUCGAUUACAUGAGCAAUUCCCAGAUGUAUAAGACUUUCUUCGUGGCCACAACGCCUCGCGUCACGAUCCGCUCGCCAAAGAUUGCGAUGCGCAGAAUCAAUCAUCUCG